GAAGUGGAGUUGAACUUGUCACAACAGUGGAGACGUGCCUGUCCGUACAUGUCUCUGCAGACUCAGUCCCUGUGUCUGACUUAGACUUUGACUUUAUAAAGAUACAUUUUAUUAAAUAAAAGUUCGUUAACAUGUCAGACUUCUUAUCAAGGAUUAAAAACAGCGUGGCGGAGAAGAAGUCGAAGAAGGCUGUGACCCAGAGCGACCUGAACAAGUUUGGAUUAACAGGGAUCCAGCUCAGGUCCUACCAGCUGGACGGGGUGCAGUGGCUGACAGAGUGUUUGAAGAAUCAGCAGGGAUGUAUUCUAGGAGACGAGAUGGGUCUAGGAAAAACCUGCCAGACGAUCUCUCUGCUGGUGUUCAUGUCCGGGGCUCUGGGGACGAAGGGUCCAUUUUUGGUGCUCAGCCCGCUCUCUGUCAUGGAGAACUGGAGGAAGGAGCUGGAGAGCUUUGCUCCCUCUCUGACUGUGCUGUGCUACAAGGGAGACAAAGAGACUCGAGCUGAGGUCCAGAGAGAAGUAGACGCAGACGACUUCCAUGUUCUGCUCACCACAUACGAGCUGUGUCUCAAAGAUGCUUCGUUCUUAAGGCGGUGGAAGUGGAAGGUGUUGGUGGUGGAUGAAGCGCACAGACUAAAGAAUCAGAAUUCAAUGUUGCACAAAGUCUUGACUCAGUUCUCAGUUGGAUUCAGAGUCCUGCUGACGGGGACCCCGAUCCAGAACAACCUGCAGGAGCUUUACUCUCUGCUCAGCUUCAUUCAGCCGAGCAUCUUCUCCGCUGACGGAGCGGAUGACUUUGUCAGCGCAUACUCCAAAGUGCAGAAUCAACCUGCUCUCGCUGCUGACCUGCAGAGCGUCCUGGAGCCCUUCCUGCUCCGCAGAGUGAAGUCAGAGGUGGCUGUUGAUCUACCAAAGAAGACGGAGCUGGUGGUGUACCACGGCAUGUCGGCUCUGCAGAAGAAAUACUACAAAGCCAUUCUGAUGAAGGAUCUGGAUGCUUUUGGAAACCAACAGGGCAACAAGAACCAGCUGCUGAACAUCUUGAUGAACCUCAGGAAGUGUGUUGACCACCCGUACCUGUUUAAUGGUGUGGAACCAGAACCUUUCGAGAUGGGGGAGCAUCUUGUGGAGGCGAGCGGUAAACUUUGUCUUUUGGACAGCAUGCUGACGUACCUCAACAAAGGAGGCCAUCGUGUGCUGCUGUUCUCUCAGAUGACGAGGAUGCUGGACAUACUGCAGGACUACAUGGAGUACAGAGGCUACAGCUACGAGCGUCUGGACGGAUCCGUCCGAGGGGAGGAAAGAAAUCUAGCGGUGAAAAGCUUCCGCAGCAAAGAUAUUUUUGUCUUUCUGCUCAGCACUAAAGCAGGGGGAGUGGGUUUGAACCUCACGGCUGCAGACACGGUCAUUUUUGUAGACAGUGACUUCAACCCUCAGAAUGACCUGCAGGCUGCUGCACGCUGCCACCGGAUUGGCCAGAACAGGCCGGUGAAAGUGAUCCGCCUGCUCGCCAGAGACACGGUGGAGGAGAUCAUGUACUCUCGUGCUGUUUCCAAGCUGCACCUCACAAACACUGUCAUCGAAGAGGGACGCUUUUCUUUGCUGGACCAGGCUCAGUCUGCUGCUGCAGGACUGCAGCUGAGUGAGAUCUUGAAGUUUGGGGUGGAUAAGCUUCUGUCUUCAGACGAGAGCUCGGUGCAGGAUGUGAAGCUGGAGAAGAUCCUGGGUCCAACCUGUGACGGUCAGUGGUUGGACGAUGAAGAAGACAACUCACUCAGAUUAGAAGAAGAAGAGGAGGAGGAGGAUAGCGGCUCUGAGUCUGACGGGCAGAAUCACAUGUACUACUUUGAGGGCAAAGACUACAGUAAAGACCCGAGCUCCGAGGACCAGAAGAGCUUUGAGCGUUUGUUGGAUGAGCAGCUGGCUGAGUUUCAGAAAGCUGCAGGAGAGGGACGAGCUCUGAGACACAAAGCUGGCGUGUCCCUGUCUGUCUCUCUUGGGAUCCCGUCGAGGAAGAGGAAAUCUCUGACUGACGCAGAGCUGGAGCUGAGACGCCAGAAAAGAGAGGAGGCUGCAGCGAAGAGAGCCAAGCUUCAGGAGGACGCGAAGAAGAAGCAACAAGAGCAGAAACACAAGAAAAAGAUGGCGUGGUGGGAGUCGUGUGGCUACAGAUCCCGUUGCGUGCCGUCUGUUGACAGUGAGGAAGAAGAGGACGAAGAAGAGGAGGAGGAAGAUGUUGGCUCCACAGAUGACAUCAACUCCAUCCAGUAUGUUCUGGGAGACGUCACUCAUCCUCACACUGCCGAGGGGAACGCCAUCAUCGUCCACUGUGUUGAUGACUCAGGCCGGUGGGGAAGAGGAGGCCUGUUUACAGCUCUGGAGGUGAGAUCAGACGAACCAAAGAAACAGUAUGAGCUGUCUGGCAAGAUGAAGGAUUUGGAGCUGGGACACGUGCUGCUCUUCUCUGUAGACGACAAACAGUCCAGAUCCGGCGGCCGUGAUCUGCUGGCCCUGAUCGUGGCUCAGCAGAGAGACAGAGCCAACAAGCUGUCUGGGAUCCUUCUCUCUGCUCUCGACGAAGGACUGAAGAAGAUCUACACUGCAGCCAAAAGACAAAAAGCGAGCGUUCACCUUCCUCGAAUCGGGCACUCCACCAAAGGCUUCAACUGGUACGGCACAGAGAGGCUGAUCAGGAAACACCUGGCUGCCCGAGGUGUCCCCACGUUCAUAUAUUAUCACAGCAGAGCAGCAAAGAACACAGCUCACACAUCCACCUCUGCACCAUCAACGUCUUCUCCUGAGCCAAACCGGGACACCUCAGACGAUCAGACUGACGGCACAGACACAGAAACCCCCGGACCCUCAGCCUCUGUGCACAGCCCCGGCCCUGCAGCGCUCCCCAGCUUCAUGAACGGGGUCCGUGUGUUUUUCUACAACCUUCCUGCAUCAGAGAAGAAGAGGCUGGCUCGCUAUCUCAUCACGUAUGACGGAGAUGAGGAGGACAUGAUGAGUGCGGAGGUGACACACAUAGUUGCAGAGGUGGAGCACAGCUUCCACACACAGGAGCUCCAGGAUCUGGCUCGUCAGUACUCUCAAGCGGUCCCGGUGCAGAAAGCCUGGCUGGACUCCUGCUUCUCCAAACAACGCAGAGUGAACACUGAACCCUUCUUACACCCGCUCAGAUAACACUGCCCCCUAAAUGUUUUUUUAAAAUCUGUCAUUAUGCUUUGAGUCAAGUUUGUAUGAAAGCAGUUUGAAAAUGCACUAAAUGUAAAACAAAGAAAGAACAAGUUUAAAGUUUGUUUUUAUGAGAUAAAGGGACAAAUAAAGAACUUCUCUCUA